AUGUGGGAAAUUUAUGGGAAGGAAAUCCCAGAUAUGCAAGUGAAAAGGAUUGAGAAGUUGGAAUUGCUGGAUGAGAAGAUCUUACUUUCGCAGCUACUUGAACACUACUGCUUUGUUAUUGCUUCAAAAAAUGCUCAUACUCUUGACUUCGAAUGGACAAAAUGA